AUGAUCCCGUUUCAAAGCUUCGGCAACUCAUUGAAAUGGAGGUUCGAUAACAUGAAUUCAUUGAAGGGGAAUGAAACACGUUUCAGUGAUGUAUUUUCAAUUGGACCAACUGGUUGGAAAAUCGCUGCUUAUAAUUCAGCUGGUUAUUUGUCAAUUUAUCUUCACUAUGAUUCUCAAAACGAAAAGGAUGAAAAUUGGUUUUGCGAAGUCGAAGCAACUUUAAAAUUGCUGAGAAGAACUGAUUCUUGGGGGGAAAAGCGCGAAAAUCUUGAAAAAAAAGACUCGUAUGCUUUGGAUUCUUCAAGAAAGUAUCAGGAGUAUCGAUUGCAUACGGAUUUCAGUCGGCUUUAUAGCGAUGGUUACAAAGAAGAUGAUGCAAUUAUUAUCGAAAUCGAUUUGAACUUUGUUUAUCACGAUUUUUCGAAGAAAAUUGAAUAUUUUACGGAUGUUAUUGUCAAUGUUGAAGACAAACGUUUUCAUUUGAACAAAGGAGUGAGAAAAAUACUUUUCGAUGUCAAUUACUGUUCUUCCACGAAAAUGAAGAGCGGCGGUGUUUGCACACUUUUCGCAGCUACCGUAUACAAAUUGGAGGGAGUUUAAAAAACAAUUUUUUUCUUUUCUUUUUUUUCAAUUUUUUUCGCGGAUUUCGUUUGUUCGUGGUUUAUGAGUCAGAACGCCAAUUUCAUCAGGAUGUCUUGUGCUCAUCUGAAAGCCCGUCUAAAACUGGUCAUUUCGCUGUGAAUAGAUAGUCAUGAAAAUGAGAAACCGACGAGGCACAGGCGUCGAAAGGGAAAAUGCACACAACAUGGCAAACACACAUUUUCAAGUUGAGACUUGGUGUUUUUUAGGUCGAUAGAUUUCAGUUCAUUGUCAAUCAAUUUCAGUCAUCUAUAUAUCAAUCGAACCAGAAUUUUACGGAGAACAAUCUCAUCUUUAUGGAUUUCAACAAUUCGAUUGCUUUCGACUUUAUUUUGGACUGAAAUUUGAGUUUUUUGGAUUUUUGAGGGUUUUGGGAGGGGUUUUCUGAUUUUUUCGCAAUUUUUCAUCUAUUCAAUGCUGGAAGUUGCUCUACAGUCUAAUUUCACGAUAUUCGACCAUCCAAUCUGAUUUUCAACUUCGAAUCACACAAUUUUGGCCUGAAAUUUGAGUUUUUUGGUAUUUUUGGGGGAUUUGGGACAUUUUCUUCAGAUUUUUUCGGAAUUUCUGAUGAAUUCAGUGCUGGAAGCUGCUCUACAGUCUAAUUUCACGAAAUUCGACCAUCCAAUCUGAUUUUCAACUUCGAAUCACACAAUUUUGGCCUGAAAUUUGAGUUUUCUGGUAUUUUUGGGGGAUUUGGGACAAUUUCUUCAGAUUUUUUCGGAAUUUCUGAUGAAUUCAGUGCUGGAAGCUGCUCUACAGUCUAAUUUCACGAAAUUCGACCAUCCAAUCUGAUUUUCAACUUCGAAUCACACAAUUUUGGCCUGAAAUUUGAGUUUUCUGGUAUUUUUGGAGGAUUUGGGACAAUUUCUUCAGAUUUUUUCGGAAUUUCUGAUGAAUUCAGUGCUGGAAGCUGCUCUACAGUCUAAUUUCACGAAAUUCGACCAUCCAAUCUGAUUUUCAACUUCGAAUCACACAAUUUUGGCCUGAAAUUUGAGUUUUCUGGUAUUUUUGGAGGAUUUGGGACAAUUUCUUCAGAUUUUUUCGGAAUUUCUGAUGAAUUCAGUGCUGGAAGCUGCUCUACAGUCUAAUUUCACGAAAUUCGACCAUCCAAUCUGAUUUUCAACUUCGAAUCACCCGACUUUCGACUGAAAUUCGAGUUUUUUUUCGGUUUUAAAGGUUUUGAGGGAUUUUCUUCAGCUUUUUUCGAAAUGUUCGAUGAAUUAGGCGCUGAAAGUUCCUCGACAAUCUAAUUUCACGAAAUUCGACCAUCCAAUUCAAUCUCCAACCCUGUAUCACACGAUUUUUAGUAGUAUAAAUUCGAUUUUUCUGGGUAUUUGAGAGAGGAUUUUUUCGAAAUGUCACAAAAUUCGACCUUUUUCAAAUUUUCAUUUUUUAUAUAAGCUAGUUAUUUUGAGAUAUUUACUUGAAUCACAAAAUCAUAGAAAGUUGUUCUAGAUGGUCGAACUUAUCAAUAAGUCAUUAAAUCAGUUUACUUGUGAAUUUGCAGAGAUUGCCUGCACUAAAAAUUCAAGAAAAAUCCAGAAAACUCAAACUUUAGCCCAAAAUCCUGUGAUCCAGAGUUGAAAAUCUGAUUGAAUGGUCGCGUAUCGUGAAAUUAGACUGUAGAGCAACUUCCAGCACUGAAUUCAUCAGAAAUUCCGAAAAAAUCUGAAGAAAUUGUCCCAAAUCCUCCAAAAAUACCAGAAAACUCAAAUUUCAGGCCAAAAUUGUGUGAUUCGAAGUUGAAAAUCAGAUUGGAUGGUCGAGUAUCGUGAAAUUAGACUGUAGAGCAGCUUCCAGCACUGAAUUCAUCAGAAAUUCCGAAAAAUCUGAAGAAAAUGUCCCAAAUCCCCCAAAAAUACCAAAAAACUCAAAUUUCAGGCCAAAAUUGUGUGAUUCGAAGUUGAAAAUCAGAUUGGAUGGUCGAAUAUCGUGAAAUUAGACUGUAGAGCAACUUCCAGCACUGAAUUCAUCAGAAAUUCCGAAAAAAUCUGAAGAAAAUGUCCCAAAUCCCCCAAAAAUACCAAAAAACUCAAAUUUCAGGCCAAAAUUGUGUGAUUCGAAGUUGAAAAUCAGAUUGGAUGGUCGAAUAUCGUGAAAUUAGACUGUAGAGCAACUUCCAGCAUUGAAUAGAUAAAAAAUUGCGAAAAAAUCAGAAAACCCCUCCCAAAACCCUCAAAAAUCCAAAAAACUCAAAUUUCAGUCCAAAAUAAAGUCGAAAGCAAUCGAAUUGUUGAAAUCCAUAAAGAUGAGAUUGUUCUCCGUAAAAUUCUGGUUCGAUUGAUAUAUAGAUGACUGAAAUUGAUUGACAAUGAACUGAAAUCUAUCGACCUAAAAAACACCAAGUCUCAACUUGAAAAUGUGUGUUUGCCAUGUUGUGUGCAUUUUCCCUUUCGACGCCUGUGCCUCGUCGGUUUCUCAUUUUCAUGACUAUCUAUUCACAGCGAAAUGACCAGUUUUAGACGGGCUUUCAGAUGAGCACAAGACAUCCUGAUGAAAUUGGCGUUCUGACUCAUAAACCACGAACAAACGAAAUCCGCGAAAAAAAUUGAAAAAAAAGAAAAGAAAAAAAUUGUUUUUUAAACUCCCUCCAAUUUGUAUACGGUAGCUGCGAAAAGUGUGCAAACACCGCCGCUCUUCAUUUUCGUGGAAGAACAGUAAUUAUUCAAUUAUUUCCAGGUUUUGUGCUCGAAGUCGAAAUAUUUUUAUGAUUUGUUCAUCACUCAAAAAUCUACUGAAACUGUCAUCACAUUGGACAAUAUAAAAUCAACAGACUUCUGCUAUAUUCUCAUUCCAUUCAACCCGAAUUUCAGUUCAAUUGAAGAAAAUACAUACAAGAAUCUCCUGAAAAUCGCCAAAGAUUUCGGUGUUCAAUUACUUUACCAUUCCUGCGAGCAAUACCUGAUGACGAAAAAUACAACUUCGAGAAGAAUUCUUAAAAUCAAACUCGCUGAUGAAAAUGGUUUUGAUAUGUUGAUGAGGAAAAUAAUCGAAUCGAUAGGAUCUGCGAAGGACAUCAAAAAUCUGAUGAGCGAACCAAAUUUCUCGUUGUUGACAGAUAAUACGAAAUGGCGUAUUAUGAUGCGUAUUUUGGAUUUUGUUUGA